AUGCAACACGUGGCAGCGGUGUGACCUGAAAACCUUUGAUUCCCAAAUACAACAAACAAACCAAGUAAGAAAACUGUUCCAAGGGUUGUAAUCUCUUCUGUCAUUUCGCAGUUAGCAAUUCAAUCCUUAAAGCCGUUUCAAGACCCAUUUGAAAUUAACAAAAAUUAAAAAUAAUCCCUAGAUAGCUGCUCUCUUCGAUUACCGUUUUGAGCUCAACAGAGUUCACGCAGUCCUCGAGACAUGGACAAUAUGGCUCUAAUGAAUGCUCCAAUGCUACACUUUAAGAAUUCUGCUCUCUUUGGAAUCCAUCCAAAUUCGUUUGUUUGCUUUCAGGCACGGAGUAGAAGUAUAACUAAGAAGCCAUUACUGGUGGAAGCCAGAGGUAGAGCAAAUACUAGAACAGAAAGUGCAAAAAUUCGGAACAGAAGGAUGCUGAAAAAGUAUAAUGGAACAGCUACACAUCCGAGGCUUUCGGUAUUUUGCUCAGAUAGGCAACUGUAUGCAAUGCUUGUAGAUGACAAAAACAGGAGUUGCUUGUUCUAUGGAAGCACGCUGCAGAAAUCCAUCCGACAAGAUCCUUCUUGUACCACUCUUGAAGCUGCUCAACGUGUUGGGGAGGCACUUGUGAAAGCCUGUGAUGAUCUCAACAUAAAAGAAAUAUCAUCUUAUGAUCGCAAUGGCCUCCACAAACGUGGAGAAAAGCUAAAAGCCUUUGAGACUGCCAUUUCAAGCUAUGGAUUCUUGCCAAGAUAAGUGUGUGGAUGAUAUUGCCACUCUCAAUAUCACUUGAUUCACCAUUAACUUUGACACAUCUAACAUUGUUUGUGCCAUAAUAAUAUACAUUGAUUUGAAUAUCAAUCUAGAAUUCCCUGCCAAGAGAAGUUUUUGUCAAUUAUACAUCAAUGAUUUAUUUAGGGUGGAGCUAGCUUUUUUUUUUUCUCUGGAAAGGGUCUAAUAUAAUGAUUAGAAAGUCGCUGUAUUAAAUUUGAUCUGAGUCAA